GAGCGCCGAGUAGUCGAGCGUCGCGGGAAGGGCGGCGGUAGCGCCGGGAAUGGACCGGGAGUGACAGCCCGGACCGACCAGGACGAACCGGGACUGACCGCCGGGCCGGAGGGGAGGAUGGGUGGCCAGUUUGGUAAAAACUUUCACAUCAAACUACUAAAAACACAGGAGUUGCGGUUAGAACGCGCUAAAAUAGGGAUUCCCUGACUUGACAAAACCCCAAACCACCCCCCAAACCCUACCCCCAACAGCACAGAUACGUCUUGAAAAUUCUCGCGAAUUUCUCGGGACCCAAGGCCCUGAGCACCCUAACUGGACUUAAACAGUAAUUUUACUUCGAGCAAGAGGAUGGACCCGACAUCCUGGUGAGGCCCCUUCCCAGCCGGAUUUUUCCAUGACUGUAUGCUUCCCUUGCCCAGCUAGGGCCCCAGGCUUUACUUGAUCCCCGUGGGAUUGCUGCGGGCGUUACCAGGAGCCAGGAGUGCUGCUCCAGCCUGUCCUUACCUUGUGUUUAUCGUGGCUGGCAGGAGGAACAGAGAUUCUGGCUUGGGGACGGACACACAUCCGCAGAAAUGCUCCCUCCAGCCAGGCAUUCCUCCUGCAUAUCACACAAAGGGACCAGGCUGCUCAUUGAGGAGGCCAAGGGUAUAAUUUGGAAUAAAUGAACCAGCGUAGCCGUGUGCAUGGCACAGAACUGCUGAUGCUACACCCGGACCGGGCGGGCAGAUAUUAAAGUCUGGGUGUCUCCGAUCCAGGUUUAACCCCGCGGAGCUGCGGGCAGCCCUGUCCGUGUGUGCACUGGAGAUGCAAUUUCAACACCCCGACAGCUCCAUCGCAGCGUUUCCCGGAGCUCCCCCGGCACACUCAGCCCAGCGGGCGGAGCCUGCUUGUACCCGGGGACAGAGCCCACAGGAAUUUCUUCCACCGCACGGGGGUUUGCGGGCUGGGCUUUCCCUGUGAGCAGACUUCUUCUGGUGGCACUUUUCUUUAAACUGAUGCACUGAUUGCUCCAGGUCCGGCACUACUCUGACUCUUAACUGGCCGGAAUUUUUACACUCCCAGUGCUGAUCCAGGAGGAACAUCACAGACUCUCACAGCAGUGGGGAUGCCGAUAGGAAACUGGAUGAAGCUGCACCAAAGGAUUGUUAUUACUGGGGAGGAGGAGUCACACAAUCCCUUCACACAUGAAAGACUUGGCUUGAGUUAUUCUUCCACCUUUCAGGUUUAGCAGAGGAGCAGCUGCAGCAGCCUGGAAAUGACCAUGGAGAAGAUCCUGAAGGCAGAGCUGAACACCAACCUCCUGAAGGCACUGGGGAGCUCUGGGGGAGGAUGCAUCAGCCAAGGCCAAACGUAUGAGACAGACAGAGGACGGGUGUUUGUGAAAAUCAACCACAAACCUCAGGCUAGAAAAAUGUUUGAAGGGGAAAUGGCAAGUUUGGAAGCCAUUCAGAAAACCAAUAUUGUGAGAGUGCCUCAGCCCAUCAAAGUGAUUGACCUGCCUGGAGGAGGAGCCAUGUUUGCCAUGGAGUACCUAAAGAUGAAGCACCUCAACAAAUACUCUUCAAAGCUGGGAGAGCAGAUAGCAGAGCUUCAUCUUUAUAACCAGAAACUUGGAGAGAAGCUGAGGACUGAGGGAAGCACAAUUGGAAAAGGAGCUGGUCGCUCCGAGGCCCAGUUUGUGGAUAAGUUUGGAUUCCACAUAGCCACUUGCUGUGGUUAUAUCCCACAGGUGAAUGAGUGGCAGAGUGACUGGCCGACCUUCUUCAUCCGUCACCGACUGCAGGCUCAGCUGGAUUUGAUUGAAAAGGAUUAUGGAGACAGGGAAGCCAGAGAACUCUGGUCACAGCUAAAACCGAAGAUUCCUGAAAUGUUCUGUGAUGUGGAAAUUGUUCCUGCUCUCCUGCACGGGGACCUGUGGGCAGGGAAUGUGGCUGAGGACGACUCUGGGCCAAUUAUAUUUGACCCUGCCUGCUUCUAUGGCCAUUCAGAAUUUGAGCUGGCCAUUGCUGGAAUGUUUGGGGGCUUCAGCAGCUCUUUUUUCUCUGCCUAUCACAGUAAAAUACCCAAAGCCCCAGGAUUUGAGAAACGGAACAAGUUGUAUCAGCUCUUUAAUUACAUCAACCACUGGAACCAUUUUGGGACAGGGUACAGGGGCUCUACCCUAAACAUGAUGAGGAAACUUCUGAAGUAACCAGGCACAUUUGAGAAAUUCUGAUAUAGUCCCUUAGGAAUGAGCAGCCCCUGCUCAUCCCAAGUACCACAAACUCAGAAUUGGUGGUAAAACACCUGAUAUGGGGAAGGUUUAAUGCACUCUGAGCCUCACUAACUAAGAGCAAUUGUGUAAUCUUUAACUUGGGCACUGGAUUCCUCCCUGCUGGAGGAAGGGGCUGCACUGUUUGUCAAGGCUCCGCUGGCAUGGAAAGCAGCACGUCAGUCAGUCUGCCCUUGCUCUCUCACCUCUGUGCUGUGCUCCCACAGCUGUUCCACAGCAGCAUCUUCCCAGUCCUGCUGCUGCUCCAGCAGCAGCUUGUUAUGGAGAGCUGCAGUUGUGGGACAGUGGUGCUGGAAGCAAGUUCUUGUGUCUGCCCAUGUUAGUUCUGGUUUAGUUUUCUGUCUGUUCCCAGCCCUUUUCCCAUGAAUACUUCCAUGGUCUUCUGUUUCCCUUUCCUUUCCUUUUGCCUGUCAAAUGUCCUAAUCCAAAAUUUCAGUCAGAUUCUGUGAAUCUGAAAAGGUUCUCUGUUUAAUUUAAUGAGCAAACAAGGCCCUUUGGCUGCAUUUGGCAAACAGAUGUAAUUAAUAAUAUUUCUAAUUUGGCAAACAGAUGUAAUUAAUAAUAUUUCUAAUAUUUAUUUUAAUUUAACAUAAUUUACUCACAUUUGUUUUUUCCUUGCUAGAAGAACUGAAAUUCCAGUGGUAUUUUCUAGAAUGAUAUUUAGUUCCUUGGCAAUUAACUGUACAGUCAGAAAUAGGUUAUUACCACUCAAAGUUGAUAAUAGGAUUUCAUCAUUUUAGUGUCAUAUUUCAGUGUGUUGUACUACAAUAGUAACAUAUUUAAAUAACUUUGUAAAAAGACAGCAAAAUGUGGCUGGGUGAGAAGAAGCACCUGUGGCUGCUGAGUUGGUUGGUGCUUGAUGUAUUUUCAAUUUUAGGAAAUGAGUGCAGUGGGCAAAGCUGGUCUGUUGUGCCACAACUGGGUUAUGGAAGGAAUAUCAAAAUGUCAAAUCUGAUGGAUUUUUAAGGGGUUUUAUUGUUCGUUACUGCUUUAUUUUUACAGAAAACACAGGCAGUGGGAAUUUGGGGAGAAAAGUGUUCAGCAAAGACACUGGUGCACAAUCUGAGCUAGGGUACAUUAGUGACUCUGGAGGAUUUUAAUGGAAGUAGCAAGAAGAGUAAAAGUGAGUGCAGUCCCACAAAUAUGAAUUAGAAGAUUUGGGUAAGAAUGACCUGAGUAUUCAGACUUCAGUUGGUUGGCAUGACUAACACUAAAAUAUUAUAUUCAAAAUUGCUCAGAUAUAUUUAGACUUUUCUCAGCUUUAAAUGGUUGUGCUAUAAAGAUUUAAUUAAGUUUAAAAUUUGAUGUUGUAAUUGGUUUAAAACAAUGCACUUUGCUCUCUGUAAAUAUGAUACAAAUAGUGAAAAAUUUUUGCUUCCUUUGAAUCAGGGGAAUCUAUCACAGUUGGUUAUAAAACAACAGAACUAAAGCCAUGGAAAAGAACUAAAACAGUGGAAAAGUGGAACAGUAGAGUUUGGGAUUGUAGCUAAUGGCUGGAAGAUCUAGGUCUGAGCAAAGUGCACUGGUGUUUAUGGAUAUGAACAAACCAACUUGUAUCACACUGGGAACUACUUGUGAACUCAAAUUUCUUCUGAAAUAAAACACUUGUCUUGCAGAA